UCGGAGGGCUUGGCUUUGCAGGGAAGCUGAUGCCAGUGCCUUUGUGUGCUGUGCUGUGAGUGCUGCUGUGCGAAAUUUGUGAGAGUGCAAUGGGCGAACUGGGAAGCCACGACAUGAACGCAGUGACCUAUGAUGAUGUGCAUGUUGGCUUCACUUGGGAAGAAUGGACUUUGCUGGAUCGUUCCCAGAAGAAUCUCUACAAAGAUGUGAUGCUGGAGACCUACAGGAACCUCACUACUAUAGGAUACAGUUGGGAAGACCAUAAUAUUGAAGAACAUUGUCAAAGUUCUAGAAGACAUGAAAGACAUGAAAGAAGCCAUAACGCAGAGAAACCUUCUGUAUAUACUCAAUGUGUUAAAGCCUUUGCAUAUGACAGUCAUCUUCAAAGACAUGAAAGAACACGUACUGGAGAGAAACCCUAUGAAUGUAAUCAAUGUGGUAAAGCAUUUGCUUAUGACAGUGCUCUUCAAAGGCAUAAAAGAACGCAUACUGGAGAGAAACCCUAUGAAUGUAAUCAAUGUGGUAAAGCCUACGCAAGUCACAGUAAUCUUCAAAUGCACACAAGAACGCAUACUGGAGAGAAACCCUAUGAAUGUAAUCAAUGUGGUAAAGCCUUUACAUAUGACAGUCAUCUUCAAAUUCAUAAAAGAACACAUACUGGAGAAAAGCCCUAUGAGUGUAAUCAAUGUGGUAAAGCCUUUGUACGUCAUAGUAAUCUUCAAAUGCAUAAAAGAACACAUACUGGAGAGAAACCAUAUGAAUGUAAUCAUUGUGGCAAAGCCUUUGUACAUCAAAGCAAUCUCCAAAUGCAUAAAAGAACACAUACUGGAGAGAAACCCUAUGAAUGUGACCAAUGUGGUAAAACCUUUGCUCAUCAAAGUAUUCUCCAAAUACAUAAAAGAACACAUACUGGAGAGAAACCCUAUGAAUGUAAUCGAUGUGGUAAAGCCUUUGCUCAUCACAAUGCUCUUCAAAUGCAUACAAGAACACAUACUGGAGAGAAACCUUAUGAAUGUGACCAAUGUGAUAAAGCCUUUGCAAGUUACAGUAAUCUUCAAAUGCAUAAAAGAACACAUACUGGAGAGAAACCUUAUGAGUGUAAUCAAUGUGGUAAAGCCUUUGUACAUCACAGUAAUCUCCAAACUCAUAAAACAACUCAUACUGGAGAGAAACCCUAUGUAUGUGACCAAUGUGAUAAAGCUUUUGCACAUCGCAGUAUUCUCCGAAUACAUAAAAGAACACAUACUGGAGAGAAACCCUAUGAAUGUGAUCAAUGUGGUAAAGCCUAUGCCCAAUAUGGUAGUCUUCAAAUGCAUAAAAGAACACAUACUGGAGAGAAACCUUAUGUGUGUAAUCAUUGUGGUAAAGCCUUUGCUUUUCAAAGUGCUUUUCAAAGGCAUGAAAGAAUUCAUACUGGAGAGAAACCCUACGAAUGUAAUCACUGUGGUAAAGCCUUUGCUCAUCAUAGUGCUCUUCAAAUGCAUACAAGAAUACAUACUGGAGAGAAACCUUAUGAAUGUAAUCAAUGUGGUAAAGCCUUUGCACGUCAGAGUCAUCUUCACUUGCAUAAAAGAACACAUACUGGAGAGAAACCCUAUGAAUGUCAUCAUUGUGGUAAAGCCUUUUUACAUCAUGGUAAUCUUCAAAUACAUAAAAGAACACAUACAGGAGAGAAACCCUAUGAUUGUAAACAAUGUGGUAAAGCUUUUGCACUUCACAGUGCCCUUCAAAUGCAUGAAAGAACACAUACUGGAGAGAAACCCUAUGAAUGUGAUCAAUGUGGUAAAACUUUUACACAACAUGGUAAUCUUCAAAUGCAUAAAAGAACACAUACUGGAGAGAAACCCUAUGAGUGUAAUCAGUGUGGGAAAGCAUUUAAACGCAGCCGUAGUCUUCGAAAUCAUGGGAAAAUUCAUACUGCAGAGAAACCCUAAAAAUAGUCAUUGUGAUAAAGUUUUGUAUUUUAUACAGGAAUAAAACUUUUUGUGUACAAUCUAUCUGUUAAAGCCUUUACAUAUUAAAAUAGUCUUUGAGUACCUGUAAAAAAAUACUGAGGGAAUUAUUAUUAUAAAGUAUUUGGUAAUGUCUUUAUCCAACACACUUGCAUUCAGUUACACAGAGGUAUUUAUUCUGUAGAAAAAAAUUGGCAGUAUCAACAACCUGCUCAAUUUUUAUUUUGUCUAUUUUUAUGUUGUUUUCCCCUGCAAACUCAUGGAAAAAAAUAAUUUAUCACUUUAUGAAGCCCUACAAGUACGGUAAAAGGCCAGCCAAAGAAAUGCACCCUGAUCCUGAAACCAGAGCCAGUGAAAGACACACACUUUGGCCC